AUGGCCAAGAAAAAGACUGGAAAGGUGUCGACGAACGGAUUGAAUGAUGAGCGAUUCUCGCGGAUCAAGUCGGAUCCUCUGUUCGCCGGACUCAAAAAUUCGGAGAAAAAAGUGAGUGAAGUCAGAAAAAAUCAUCUAAAAAACAGAGUGAAUUCAGGUUGUGAUCGACAAACGAUUCGCUGCGGCGCUCACCGACGAACGGUUUUCAAGUCGAGCAAAAGUGGAUAUGAGAGGACGAAAACAGAAGAAAACGGUCGGAAACAGCAUGCUGGAUCUGUAUGAAUUGGAGGAAAACGAUGAAAAGGAAGUGGAGGAGCAGGAGAAGAAGACGAAAAAAGUAGCAGUGGAGGCAGAGGAUAAAGAAUUGGACGACUUUUUCGGUGAGAAUAGAGAAGAUGAUGCCGACGAUGAGCAGGAAGAAGAGGGAGAAGAUUCUGAAGACGAAGAUUCCGACAAAGAAGACGAGAAAGUGGGCGUAAAUGGAUUCAAGAAGCUCGAUCUGGCACGUGGAGAGGGAAAUGUUGAAUCGUCGUCGGAUGACGAUUCAAGUGAAGACGAAGAAGAAGGAGAAGACGGAUGGGACAGAGCGAAGGAAGAGAUGCAGGCGGAAUUGGAUCUCGCCAACUUGGACCGGCUAGUCUUUCUUUCCCUUGUGUGAUGGACUUUCCACUUUUCAGAGACGUCGAUCAAGUGGAAUGGACGUCGAAUCGGCUAGCCGUGUGCAAUCUCGAAUGGGAUAAUAUCAACUGCGAGGACAUUCUCAUGCUUGUCAAGUCCUUCACGUAAUCGUUUGCCUUCUCGAAUGUUCAUCAGUUCCCCCAUUUUCAGCCCCCAAGACGGAGCAGCUGUUUCCGUUGGCAUCUAUUUGUCCGAUUUUGGAAAAGAGCAAUUGGACAAGGAAGAGAAGACGGGACCGCUCGUCAAGCUGGUCAAACCCAUCGAGAAUUACAAGGAGGACGAGAUGGACGAGUGAGCAACUUAAAAAAAAACAUCCCUGAAACCGUUUUGUAAUUGUAGUGAAACUCGGACUGCCGUUCGUGAGUACCUCGUCAAUAAGCUCAAGUACUAUUACGCAGUUAUCACUUUUGACUCCGUUCCGACCGCUGUCGCCGUUUACGAAGAGUGCGACGGAUUCCAAUUCGAAGAAACCGGACUCAAAAUGGACAUGCGCUUUAUUCCGGACGAAAUGCAAUUCGAGGUGAGACGGAAAGUACAGUUCUGCUCUUAUUCAUCUUUAAUUUUUCAGGAAUAUCGUGUCAAAGAAUUCCUGAAGGCUGGAGACGUCAACAUGACAAAGUACAAGGCGAAGAAGAAGUCAAAAUGCGCGAUCACCUCGACCGGAGCCAAGAUUGCGUGGGACGAGGACGAUCCGUCGAGGUCGAAGAAGUUCUUGCAAGCUUUCAAUGGUGACGAAGAGGCCGGGAAAGAUCUGAUUGUGGAUUCGGAUGAAUCGGACGACGAGGAAAAGAGAAACACUCUUCUGGCACUUCUGAACACAGACGAAAGAAAGAGCAAAUUGGAUGUGGAUUGGGAAGGAGACGAAGGAAGAGACGGAAGUGAAUCAUCGGACGGAGAGUACGUGAAAGUGGACGAUGAUGACGAGGAGAUCGGAGUGAAACAGAAGAAAAAAAAGGAAUCGGAUGAUGAGGAAGAAGAAGAAGAGAAGGAGGCGAAGGAAGAGCAGAAGCUCACAGGCUACAAGGCGUUCAAGAAGAAGCAGAAAGAGAAAUUUGUGCAGAACAAGCUGAAGAGGAAGGGCGGUGAGGCCGAAACGAACAUCAAGACGGUCGCCGCGGCGGAAAGCAUCGCCAAGGACGACCGUUUCUCGGCUCUCUUCACCGAUUCCGCUUUCGCAAUCGAGCCGAGUUCCAAGAAGUUCAAGGGGUCUCUUCUGGUGACGAAACAGGCGGAAUCGAAGACGAGCGGAAGAUCUGGAGAAGAGCAGAAGGCGCCGGCGAAGGCAGAGGAUCUCGUGCAGAAGUUGAAGGCGCGGGCGGACAAGUGGAGCAAGAAGAAGACGUCCGCGAAUAAGUGA